AUGGGUAGAGUUAUUCGUGCUCAGAGAAAGGGUGCUGGUUCUAUCUUCACCGCUCACACCCGUUUAAGAAAGGGAGCCGCUAAGCUCAGAGCUUUGGACUCUUCUGAACGUGAGGGACAAAUCCGUGGGUAUGUUAAGCAGAUCAUCCAUGACCCUGGUAGAGGUGCUCCUUUGGCCAAGGUUAUCUUCCGUGACCCAACCAAGAAGGGUUUGCGUGAGGAGACUUUCAUUGCCAAUGAGGGUUUGUACACUGGUCAAUUCAUCUAUGCUGGUAAGGAUGCUUCUUUGAAUGUUGGUAACAUCCUGCCUUUGGGAGCCCUUCCAGAAGGUACUAUUAUCUCCAAUGUUGAGGCCAAGCCAGGUGACAAGGGUACCAUCGGUAGAACUUCCGGAAACUACGUUAUCGUCAUUGGACACAACGUUGAGGAGAACAAGACCAGAGUUAAGUUGCCUUCCGGUGCUAAGAAGAUCAUUUCUUCCAACUCCAGAGGUGUCAUUGGUGUUGUUGCCGGUGGAGGAAGAAUCGACAAGCCAUUGUUGAAGGCUGGUAGAGCUUUCCACAAGUACAGAGUUAAGAGAAACUCUUGGCCAAGAACCAGAGGUGUUGCCAUGAACCCAGUUGACCACCCUCACGGUGGUGGUAACCAUCAACAUAUUGGUAAGGCCUCCACCAUCUCCAGAAAUGCUGUUGCUGGUCAAAAGGUUGGUUUGAUUGCCGCCAGAAGAACCGGUUUGUUGCGUGGUACACAGAAGACUCAGGACUAG